AUUUUAAAAUGACAAUGAAAAAAAAGAAAAUAAGAAUUUUUAAUGAAUACAAUUAAAAAUUGUUGCAUCUAAAAUCAUGAUGGAAUCAAUGAUAAUUAUAAAAGUGAAAGCAUGCAACAAACCUACCUUCGGCGAUUAAUCUGUUCACACGAAGUUUUACAUUAUUGAUUUCCAAAAUUUGUCCGACAUAUUCAUUUGUAUUUGUUCCUCCAUUUAAGUAUCCUAUAGCAGAUCGUAUAUAAUCCGACAUGUUUAUUUAAAAUUCUUGUUGAAUUAUCCGGAAAGUUUUCUUUUAUUGUAAUCGUGCGAAUAACUGAUGCCACCCAGCCAUAUUGGCUUCCCCACAUCAUCUACGUAACGUAUCGUACGCAUGCUUACGAAAGUGAACGUCAGUAAGGCAAUUAGAAUUUUGAAUUAUAUUUUGAGUAAAACAUUUAAAAAUCCAAAAAAUUAGUCAUUAAUAAUCUUAACUUAUAUAUUUGUUCUAUCCGAAUUUAUUUUAGUACCUUUUUAUAUCUGGCUAAAUAAUAUUUUUUUUAAAGAAAUUCGAUAAUCGUUCGAUAGAUGGAUUGGAUUGCGCGAUUUCGAAGAAUCAAGAAUAAAAAGUAGCACGUUGAUAUCUAUCAGUUGAUAUCUAUUUUCAUGUGCUUUUCAUGUGACCAGAUACAGAAUUAGAUUUAUGCUUCAUUGAAGUAUUCUAUAUAAAUUUCGUUAUUUUAUAGUUAAAUACUUUUAAAAUUCUAUAAUUAAAUGAAUAUACAAAAUAAUUAAAAAAUUAAACUAUAAAUUUAUGUGUACAGCUUUUUAUGAAAAUGUCAUUUCCAAAUAAAGAAGAUCGAUUGAUCUGUUGGAGUCAUAGGGAUGAAUAUUGGAAAUGCUUAGAUGAAGCAAAAUCAGAAACGGAUUGCAAUGAAUUUAGAAAAAAAUAUGAACAAUUUUGUCCUUCUCAAUGGGUGAAACACUUUGAUCGUAAAAGGGAAUAUCUAAAAUUUAAAGAGCGUUUGGAGCUAGAAGGAUAUGUUCCAGAAGAAAAAAGUCAAACAUCUUUUUAAUAAAACAAUUAUAACUUACAAAUGAAUGUAUCUAAGAGUAAUAAGUUUAUUAUUUAUUUAUUACAAUUUUCUUAGUUCAUAAAAAUAAUAAAUAGAUACUACAAAUA